AUGUCCGACUUAGCAAACGAACUGGGAUUUGACCCGAACCUAAAAAAGAAGAAGAAGUCCAAGAAGGUAGCCCCAGAGGAUGUGGAAACCACUGUAGAAGGUAGUAACGGCGAUGAUCUUUUUGCGGGCCUAAAGAAGAAGAAGAAGAAGUCCAAGGAAGCAAAGGGCACUAAUGACAUAGAUAGCGUCGUUGACGAGGUGGGCGAGGCCCUGGGCGAGCUAAAACUCAAAAAGAAGAAGAAGAAGUCAAAGGAACCUAGCUUCGAUGACUUUGAAAAGGAGUUGGAGAAGGCAGGUGUCGCGCCAGCUACGCAAGACAACAGCAGAGAGUCAUCUUUGGUACCCGGUGAGGACUCAGCAAUCCAGCAAAAUGUCGGCCUCCCUUACACUGAUCUGCUUUCGAGAUUUUUCCAGACCCUCAGAACAAACAACCCCGAACUUGCGGGCGACAGGAGCGGACCUAAGUUCAGGAUUCCUCCUCCUGUUUGCCAGCGUGAUGGUAAGAAGACCAUCUUCUGCAAUAUUCAAGAGAUUUCUGAAAAAUUACAGAGAAACCCAGAGCAUUUGAUCCAGUACCUGUUCGCUGAACUGGGUACUUCAGGUUCCGUGGAUGGCCAAAGAAGACUGGUCAUGAAGGGUAAAUUCAUGCCCAAACAGAUGGAAAACGUGCUGAGAAGAUACAUCUUGGAAUACGUUACCUGUAAGACCUGCAAAAGUAUUAAUACCGAUUUGCGUAAGGAACAAUCGAAUAGAUUAUUCUUUUUGGUGUGUAAGAGCUGUGGUUCUACCAGAUCAGUUUCCUCCAUUAAGACCGGUUUCCAAGCUAUUGUCGGCAAAAGAAGAAGAAUGUGA